CUUAUAACAAAACUUGACAAGUGGAAGUUCCGAGUGGAAUACUCAGCUCGAUAUCAUUUGGAGCAAAUUUGGAGUCAAUUCCUUCAAAACUAAUCCUUAUUCGUAACCUUGCUGGAUCACGUGUCUCCAAAAAUAUGAAACGUGCGCGGUGCAAUGACACCUGCUGUACAUACAGCUCCCCGUGCGUUUUGUUAACCCAUCAUCUGCCCAUCAUCCACAUAUUACGAUGGCUUCCGAAGCCGAGGAUGUCCCUUCACAAAUGGAAGAAUCAGACCCCGACGCGGUGCUGUCGCCACCUCCCGAUGUCCAGCCGGAACCUGGGAUUAAUGGUACACCCGUUCGCUGGUAUGAUGCGGAUAGGACAGAGUCAUAUACGCGAAUUGCGCCUUUCCAAGAGGGUCGUGAUACCUCUGUAGAGUUCUUCUAUAAGCCAAUCACACUAACUGCUCUUGGCUUCGGUCUGGCUGCGCUGAGCUAUGUGGCCAUGACCCAGGACGUCUUGGAAGAAGGCCGGGACAAGCGGCGUGUGGGCGCUUAUGCUGCAGUAGUCUCAUUCCUUAUGUUCUCGAUGAUCCAAUUCCGGGAUGGACCAUUCAUUCGCCCCCACCCGGCGUUUUGGCGUGCAAUACUAGGAAUUAAUUUGCUUUACGAGCUUGCCCUGGUCUUCCUGCUAUUCCAAGAUUUGAAUUCUGCGCGAGGAAUGAUGACUCUUUUGGAUCCCUCACUGAACCGGCCUUUACCUGAGAAGAGUUAUGCGGAAAACUGCGAAUUGAACCCGCACAAUGUUUGGGAUGCGAUCGAUAUAUUUUGUCUAGCCCACGCUUUGGGCUGGUUUGGCAAGGCCAUGAUAUUGCGUGAUUAUUGGUUUUGUUGGAUUCUGAGCAUCGCAUUCGAGUUCGCAGAGUAUAGCCUGCAGCAUCAGCUUGCAAACUUUGCUGAGUGCUGGUGGGAUCAUUGGAUACUUGAUGUUCUAGUCUGUAACUGGCUAGGAACUUAUCUGGGCAUGAAGACAUGCCAAUAUUUGGAAGUGAAGCCUUACGAAUGGCGCGGAUUGCGGCAAACUAGGGGACUACGGUCAAAGGCUCGACGUGUGCUUAGCCAAUUUUCCCCACACGACUGGACGGCAUUCAAAUGGGAGGGGACUACAUCAUUCUUGCACUAUCUGAUAGUCGUACUACUUCUAGCGGUCUUUCUCGCUGCGGAGCUGAAUCCAUUCUAUCUCAAGAGUCUACUUUGGAUGGAACCCGAUCAUCCAAUUGUGAUCUUAAGGCUUGCAGGCGUCUUUCUUUGUGCACUGCCUGCUGUGCGAGAGCUUUACCAAUACAUCAAUAACCCGAAGAAAGCGAAACGGAUGGGGCAACAUGUGUGGCUCCUUCUAGCCACGAUCCUGACCGAGCUUCUGGUUAUCACUAAAUGGAGCAAGGGUCAGUUCACGGAACCUCUUCCAAUGUAUAUUCGGUGGGCGUGGACCAUUGGGGGAAUAUUGCUGGUACUAUAUCCGGCGAUCAGGUUCGGCGUGCCGAGCGUGCGGAGGUAUGUGAAAAAUCAGAAACAGAAGCGAAAAGGGAAAGGGAGGGGAAAGGGGAAAGGGAAGAAGGCGCAGUGAGACUUCAUAUAAUAUAUUGUAGCUACCUAUUGUGCAUGAAUGAAGUUCCCCAGAGUCUUAAGUUAUAUAUGACUGUCGAGUG